AUGAAUACAGACGGCAACGAAAUCACCCAGUAUGGAGUUACCAAAGGAUCUGUAAAGUUAAGUGCUAUCUCAGCAGGCUUUUGGAUGUCCACACCUGCUAAAUACGCAAGCCAAUAUUAUCCUACACCCUUGUCUUACAAAGUGAGUUACACACCAUGGGGAAAUACUUUUAUGAUGGAUAUGCAUCCAGAUCCUACUUUGUAUAUAGCAAAAUUAAUUACAGUAUUAACUAGAACUGGUGUAAAUCUUGCUGACGGUAAACUUCAUCAUGUGUGCGUCACGUGGAAAUCGUCCAGUGGCAUUUUCGCAGUCUACAAGAAUGGUCAAUUUGAGAAAAGUUUACAAAAUAUCAACAAAGAUGAAGAAAUUGAGGCUAACGGUACUUGGGUUAUUGGACAAGAUCAAGACACUGGAUCAACUUUUGCAUUCCAAAAAGAAGAUUCAUUUAAAGGCGAUUUAACAGAAAUGAACGUCUGGGACAGAGUCUUGACCGAUUACGAGAUUCAACGUGUUGCAAAAGAUUGUGGCACGCUUAUUCAAGGCAACGUUAUAAAGUACAGCGACUUCAAAAUGUCCGAGGAGACCAAAUUCAUCGAGCGUCUUUCUUGCUGCCCUGCUUCUUAAUGACGUUUAAUCAGCCUGUUGUUGAACCUGUA